AUGACCACCACCUUCUCUAUUUGUGAUAUGAUGUAUCCACCAACCAGAAAGGACUUCAUCUCUCUUACCCUCACUGACCAAAACUGCCACAUUUACAACAACGGGAAACACCGAAAACAAUCGUGCUGGAGGAAAUGGAAGCAGCUGUCUCGGCUCCAGCGAAGCAUUAUCCUCUUUCUUCUUGCACUCAGCCUUGUAUUGGCCCUAAUGUCUUAUUCUCGCAUAUCAAAGCAAAGGACAGGUUUAUCCAAAACGGAAGACUGGAUGGAAAUGAUUGAUGGGUUAAAGCCUGCAUUUCCUGAUGUAAAUCUGAGACCAGUCGUUGGUCCAGACUCCAUGACUGAACUUUAUGGACCAAACAUCCCAAUUUUUCAAAAACCUCCCAUAAAUAAGAGGAUAUUUCCAAAGAAGAGAGGUCCACCUAGCCUUCAGAAAAAUGGUAAUGUUUCACACACAUUUUUUGUGGGAAGACAAGACCAAGUACAAGAUGCAGAGGAGGACAAUGGGGAGAACCAAAAAAAGUUGGUCAGCUGGCGAGGGGCAAUCAUUGAAGCUGAUCAGAUCACUGAGCCUCCACCCUCAGCCAAUGAGAAGGAUGCUGCAGCCCCCCCAGCACCAGAGAUUCCAGCUGGUUCUGCCCCAGUCACUGCUUUAUCUGGAGCUGUGGACAGGUUGGAGGCUGUGCGUGAUGCUUUUAGAUACGCAUGGAAGGGAUACAAGAACUACGCUUGGGGUCACGAUGAGCUCAAGCCUAUCUCAAAGUCUUAUAGCGAGUGGUUUGGUCUUGGUUUGACCCUCAUUGAUUCCCUGGACACCAUGUGGAUUAUGGACUUGAAAGAAGAGUUUGCAGAGGCAAAGCAAUGGAUAGAGAAGGAGCUCUCGUUCAACCAAAAUGUGGAUGUAAAUCUUUUUGAAACAACAAUACGUGUUCUGGGUGGUCUGCUGAGUACCUACCAUCUAACUGGAGACCAUUUGUUCUUAAAUAAAGCUAAAGAUCUCGGGUCCAGGUUGAUGCCCGCCUUCAAAACACCUUCAAAGAUCCCUUUCUCUGAUGUGAAUAUUGGGAAAGGAACAGCUCACCCGCCUCGAUGGACAUCUGACAGCUCUAUGGCUGAGGUCACAAGCAUUCAGUUGGAAUUUCGAGAGCUGAGCCGGCUCACUCAGGACCCACAGUACAAGGAGGUUGUAGAUGAGGUAAUGAAGCAGGUCCACAAGCUUCCGGGCAAACACGAUGGUCUGAUACCAAUGUUCAUCAACACCAACAGCGGCCAGUUCUCUCACAGAGGCAUCUAUACACUGGGUGCCAGAGCAGACAGCUACUAUGAAUACCUGCUCAAGCAGUGGAUUCAGGGAGGCAAGACCGAAGAUGAGCUGUUGGAGGACUACAUUGAAGCAAUCAAUGGUGUAAAGAAACACCUUGUGAGACAGACAGGGCCACGCAAAUUGACCUUUGUUGGAGAGCUCUCCCAUAAUCGCUUCAGUCCAAAAAUGGACCACUUGGUAUGCUUCCUGCCGGGAACCCUGGCACUGGGAGCUCACAAUGACCUUCCAGGGGACCACAUGGAUUUAGCGGCACAGUUGAUGGAGACUUGUCACCAAAUGUACACACAAAUGGAGACUGGGCUUAGUCCAGAGAUCGCUCACUUCAACAUGCACGCCACCGAUAGUAAAGACAUUACUGUCAAGCCUGCAGACCGACAUAACCUGCUGAGACCCGAGACAGUGGAAAGUCUGUUCUACAUGUACAGAUUGACAAAGAACCCCAAAUACAGAGAGUGGGGAUGGGAAAUUCUGCAGAGUUUCAACAAGUAUACAAGGGUGUCCGACGGCGGUUACACAUCUAUCAAUAACGUUUGUGACCCCGAGAACCCGGAGCCUAGAGACAAGAUGGAGAGUUUCUUUCUUGGUGAGACAUUGAAGUACUUAUACCUGCUCUUCUCUGAUGACAUGGAGCUUCUCAGUCUGGACAAAUAUGUCUUCAACACCGAAGCCCACCCGCUCCCUAUAUGGCCCACUCCACCCAAGUGAUGGCAUCACUCCUGAUCAUGCUGUGGGGGUCUUUGUAAGACCUGAGGCAGUCCUCAAUUGGGCGUGCCAUGCCGCCUAGCUACUGACACCACUUGACCACUGUGAUGGCCAGGGACCCAGGUCUGUUCUGGCUACUUAUACUUUGGUACGUUUUCCCUAUGGAGGAAUUUCUUUUAAAUGUUUCCUAAGGAAAAUGUAUGAGCUGGUCUCUGUAAAUAAAUUGGCUUGGAUGUAGGACUCGGACUUGUCAUGACAUCAGAAGGUCCAAAUCACCUGAUGGGCUUCAUUUCUUUGUUUGAUUGGAAUUCUUUAUCAUUAAGAGCCUCAAGGUUUUAUCUAAACAUUGUCAAGUCCUGUAUGGAAUAUGACUGCUUCAGUACUUUUCAGCACUUUGGAAGAAUUCAUCUGUUUUUGUUCUGUCAGAAAUAUUCCAGAUCAGAACCGUGCAGUUAAGAGAGGUUCAUUACUAAAAAUCUAUCAGGCUUUAUGAAAGCAGCUUCAAAUAUCACAAUGUUAAUAGACAGCCAUUUUAAUUUUAUACAUAUACACAUGUAAAGACCGAGAGAGAGUGCAUAUGUGCAAAAUAGGUGAUUCUUUAAUACAUUGAAAUACAAAUGUACCUGUCAACUCACUGAUUGUCAUUCUCUUUUUACAUCAGGUUUGAUAGACAUUACACCAUGUAGACAUGGAAGAUAUCCUCAUUCUGUACUUUUCACCAGUAUUGUAUCUGCUUGCCAUCAAAAUUUACUUUAAAGCUUUAACUCUGGUGUUUCAAAGAUUUUGUUUUCGCCGCUGUUUGUUGCGUUUAGUUGCUUGUUACUUUCCACCUCAUCCAUCAACAGCCCAGGAGGCACAAGGACAUCUACUGGUACUGACGGGAUUCAAACAGUUUUUUGAAGAGAUUUCCCCCCAUGUGAAAGACCCAAUCUAGUCGUGUUAUCAUGGACCAGAGGUCCACACACACUGAACCACACAACUGAAUGAGAACUAAGGUCGCCUGCCAUCUUUGUGUUCUGUUCUUUUGUUUCUGUAUCUAUUCACGCUUAUGAAGUGGCUGCAGUCCCCGUUUGGUUGUUGUUUCUGUUGUGUGCAGGUGACAAAAUAUGAUGUACACAUUUUGUAUGAAUUUCUUUUAUCAUGCAUUUCCAUCUGAACCAGUGUUUUAAUUUAUAGAAUACAUUCCAUUUUUGAAAUGAGAUCGAGUGUCAGGUGUACACCAUUUAACUUGUUCCAUCAAGAUGCCUUCUAUUUUACCUUGAACUAAUGUCUGCCUAGUUAUUAAUACAUUUUGAUGAGUUUGUGAAAAUUGUAAAUAACCUCAUUAUAAAUUAUACAUAAAACUUGCUUCUUCCGAUGACUCA